AUGGAUUUCCACGAAAGUCUGGUGCAGGAAGCUCUCGCACCUCAUGAAACAACAAGUGGGAAGCCAUUAAAAUCAAUAUCACCAAGCACAAAUAAAGUAAUGGACAUCAAAGUUAGCUGCUUUGACCAGAAAUUCAUGAUGGCACAGAAGCUGCAAAAUGAAGAGAUUUCAGAAGAUCGUAGUCACUCGGAAGUUGUUAAUAUCUUCCAAGAUACGGUGCCUGCUUCCAUCUCUUCUGUAAACAAGGGCUCUUCCAAUUAUAGAAAAUAUACUAAAUUCUUAUCCACAGAGGAAAUGGAAGAUAAGAUUGCAAUUAACAAAUCCUUGAACAAGGAGCCAAGUGAAAAGGGCAAAUCCUUGAGUGGAAAGGAAACAGGCGUUCAAGGAGAUUGUAUAUAUCCACAUAUCAAUUUAGUCUUAGGAAAUGGUGCAAGUACGUCAGUGUUUCAAGGUUUAACCUCAAAGAAUACUGUAAAAGGGGAUCAAACCCACCCAAAGAAACCUGCUACACAUAUUAUUGGCAGAAAUGGUAAAAGCAUGGACACUGAAGAUUCAGAUGAUCGAAACCCUACUGCAGUAACUGGCCAAGUCGGGGAUCAUGCAAAUGCUAACCCAUCCAUGAACCCUAUAGCGUUUGCGAUACCAGUACAGAAUGUAUCGAUAAUUCGUUCUGUGCAUCAUCCAUUUCCAGCCUUCACACAUUUGACUCACUUCCAGAGCAGUCAAGAUGCUUAUAGGUCAUUCCUAAACAUCUCAUCUACAUUUUCAAGUCUUAUUGUUUCUACAUUGUUACAAAAUCCAGCAGUUCAUGCUGCAGCAAGCAUGGCAGCAUCUUUAUGGCCAUCUGCGGAGGCGGAGACCUCCCUUCGGUCAACUGCUGAAUUCCUAGCUGGAGAAAUUCCAGGAAGGCAUAUGAAUCCAACUCCAAGCUUGGAGGCAAUUGCUGCUGUUACAGUUGCAGUUGCAGCUGCAUGGUGGGCAGCUCAGGGCCUCUUGCCAUACUCAUAUGAUAGUGGAAGAGGUGAGAACUCAAGUGAGCUUAAAGGCACUAGGUCCGACAAGUUCACACCAUCGGUAUUCAUUGGAUUUCAUAGUUCAGAUAAGGCAAGGAAUAAGAAGAAACAGGAUUGUUCCUCUUGUGGAUCAAACACACCAUCAAGCAGUGAAGUAGAAAUGAAUACCAUAGAGAAACAUGAGAAAGUAGAUGGUGAGGCUAAAGAAGCGUAUUCCAGUGACUCUGCAGCUUGCAAGAUCAACAACCGCAGGUUCAUAAUUGGUGGAAACAUGAAUGAGUCCUGGAAGGAGGUGUCUGAAGAGGUUGCAAUGAAAAAUUUUCAUCGCUAUGUCUAA